AUGGAACCAGAGGAAGAAGUGACCGGAAAGGCUAGGAGGUUUGUUUUGGGUUCAACAUUGAUGCGAGAUGCUUGUGUUUCACGUCUGGAAAUUGAUUACAAGCGGGAUCUGGAGUCUGUGAAGAAGUAUGAGUUGUUUUAUCGAAAAUUCGGCGUGGCAUUAUACUACUUCUUUACUCUGGUGAACCUGUUUACUAUUAUUCUGGAGUACCCAGCGUCAAUCUUGGUCAAUGGGAAGCCCUUGCCGUACUACGUUCCAUUGAUAAUCAAUUUUAUUUGUGAGGCUUACUUCUACUAUCGCUGGUUUCUCAUUUACAGCAUGUCAGAAAAAGGAGGCCUUCGUGAUAAUCUGUCAUCCAAAAUGACCAUAUCAAUACUGGUACUAAUGAGUCUUGAUGCCAUUAUCUUUAUUAUAUGUCAACAACUUAAGAUUCCGUUUGCUAUUCGGUGGUCUCGCUUUCUUAGACCCAUAUUAUUGCUCACAUUUCCGGAAAAUCGUCGUCUCCGUGCGGCAUUUUCCAGCUUACGUAGUACCGCUAUAGACGUGUUUCCCGUAUUCGGCCUCUUCAUGUGCACGGUGGCGUUUGCCGCUAUUGUUGCUCUGACGACAAUCUCCGGAACUGGUGUGACGUAUCCUAACGGAAAACCGUAUUUUUACGAUUUCCCCGAAGCUUACUGGGAUUUAUACGUACUCACAACGACUGCUAAUUCACCAGACGUGAUCAUUCCGGCUUACGAAUAUAGUAGGAUAUACAUAUCAGUAUAUGUUUUUGUAUGCACCGUAUGUAACUGGUUGUUUAUGGGUAUUCUCACAGCUUCCGUAUACAACUCCUACAAAGCUCAUUUGGGUGAAUUCGUUGUGAAAACUGUGGCCAAACGAAAACGAAAACUUGAUGAGGCUUUCUACCACAUUGCCACUCCAACACCAACUGGUGAUCCAGGAGUGAGCCAAAAGACAUUUCUACGUCUAAUGCACAUUGUUAAACCAAGGAGAAGUGAAGAUUCAAUGCGAGUGAUAUUUCAUGUGCUUAAUAAAAGUCGAUCCGGUUACCUGAAUAUAAACGAAUUUGGUCGGCUGUCGGAAUACAUGCAGGUGAAGCUGUUUGAAGUGGAACUGAGUCGUGAAUACUUUCAAACUUAUCUACCAAAAUUCUACUAUCUUUUUAUGUCACCUCCGUUUCAACGGUUCAAACGCUUUGCCGAACAUCGAGUGGUGAGGUCCUUUUUCAUCAGUCUAGUCGUUGCCAAUGGCCUGACAGCGGUCAUGUGUCGCGGCUAUGAAUCGAUUCAGGAUGUCGUUGAGUGGUUCUUCACUAUAAUUUUUUUCCUCGAGUUGAUAAUGAACUACCUUGCUUGUGGUGGAGUGCGUUUCUUCAGUGACGGAUGGAAUAUCUUCGAUUGUCUGGUGGUAAUGGGUGCAAUGAUUGGGCAGCUGUUGCAGUUGAUUUUGGUCAAUGUGGGUGUUCAUAUUCCAGCCGGAGUAACUCAAUUGCUACUUUUGCUGCGACUGCUUCGUCUGCUGAAAGUAUUCAGUGCCAUACCCAAUUUCAAAGUGGUCAUAAACUGUAUCCUGACUAUACUACCAUCCUUGGCCGCAUACACCACGAUGCUGCUUAUUUUGUUCUACAUCUACGCCUGUUUUGCAAUGGAAAUGUUCGCCUUUCUUUAUAGACCACCGGAAGGACAUAACUACACAGUGAAUACUGAUUGUGAAAACAAGAAGCUGCUCGACACGGAAUUCGUGUCAUGGCAUUACUGUCUGUUCAAUUUCAACAGCAUCACGGAGUCAUAUGUUUUAUUACUGGCUCUGGUGGUUGGGAAUAACUGGCAUGUAUUUACAGAUGGCCUGGUCAUGGUGACCUCUCGCUGGACUCGCCUAUUUUUCUUGCUUAUUCACUGGAGCUGUGUUCUGUUAGUGUUAAACGUCGUGCUGGCUUUCAUUAUUGAGGCCUUCCUAAUUGAGUUCGACGCUCAAAGAAGUAAGUUUGAGGCAUAUAUAGUGGAACGCCUGGAGGAACUUGAAAUGCACGCACCGACAGAACUAAAGAAAAAAGGGAUUAAGGACUUUCGAAAACAAGGAUUCCAGAUCACUAGGACACAACUGGAUAUUGCUUUCCCACCGGAUGGGUCGAGGGCCAAGGCGUUCUUCUUGGUCGAAGACAACGCAUCCAUCGAGAUACUCAUGUUCCGCAUGUUCGAGACCGAAGUGGAAGAGAUGAUGGAAAAUUAUCGAUCAAGCAUAAAACAACAGCGUUUCAAAACACACGAUACGCUUAGACAGUUUAGUUAG